AUGCCCAACUAUGCUCGUAGGCGGGACGAUUUGUUAGCGCAAAUCCCACAUGGGCCAUGGUCUAUUAAUUUCCCGGCUCUUCCUCCACUUAAUGCGGCCGUAAUAGCAAGAACUCUCGCUCGCGCUAAACCAGUUAUGCAAAGACUGGCGAUUGACAAAAGGAAAUUUAAUCCAGUAGGGCACCGGCUCCGAAUUCAAUUACGACGGGAGGAUAUCGUGAGAGUAUUGGACAAACAUCGAUGCGAAACGGGCUUGACUCGCCGUGGACUGGCGCGGAGGUGUCAAAACUCGUGGCAGGCAAUUGACACAAGUUGGCCCGACGAGGCGCGUGAGAAUAUUUGA